AUGGGAGACAAUAAAUUUCUGUAAGGAUUAUUAUAGAAUAAAUCACUUUUGAAAGCAGAAAUGGAACUUUCCAGACCCUCACACCAGAUUAACCAAGUCAAGCAUAUGUUUCAAACAGAAAACGAAAGAGGAAGUUUAAACCAAGUAAUUAUAAGCUAACGACGGAGAAUUCUGUUGAAAGAAGGUAAACAAAGCUUGUGAUAUCCAAUUAAAAAAAGUUUAGGACAAAAUGUCGGACGUUACUCAUGGUAGACUUCUCGUGUGUGCUAUAGAUUUCGGAACCACGUAUUCCGGAUAUGCCUUUCAGUUAACCUCGGACUUCAUCAAAGACCCUUUGAGUAAUAUAAAAACAAACCAAGUAUGGAAUGCUGGUGCAGCAGCAUUGAUGUCCCUGAAGGCACCAACAUGUCUCCUCCUAAACAAGGACAGAGAAUUUGUCGCAUUCGGAUAUGAUGCAGAGAAUCAGUACACUGACCUGGCUCUGGAAAACGAACACAAUGACUAUCUUUUCUUCAGAAGAUUUAAAAUGUUACUGCAUAGGAAUCCGGGUUUAAACAGAGAUACAAAGAUUGCAGCAUCAAAUGGAGAAGAGGUCCAAGCGAAAGCAGUCUUUGGACAUGGCAUAGAUUUUCUUAAAAAACACGCACUAGAGAAUUUCAAACGCGCAGGAAUGGAGAUAGAUGAAAAUGAAGUCCAAUGGGUUAUAACGGUACCUGCAAUUUGGACAGACGCUGCCAAACAGUUCAUGAGAGAGGCUGCACAACGUGCAGACAUAUUUAAUGACCAACUGAUGGUAGCACUUGAACCAGAAGCAGCCUCGGUCCUGUGUAGAUAUACGUCAGACGCAUCUGGACAAAGUAUAUUCACAUCCGGGUCAAAAUACAUGGUUGUGGAUCUUGGAGGGGGUACUGCUGAUAUAACAAUUCACCAGGUUGCAGAAGACGGUACUUUGAAGGAACUCCACAGUGCGAGCGGCGGCGCGUGGGGAGGCAUCAAAGUCGACCAAGCGUUUGAACAACUAUUAAUAGAUAUAGUUGAAGAAGACGUAUAUGCCGAAUUUCAGAAAAGAAAUGCCUCGGACCAUUUCGAUAUGGGAAGAGAGUUCGAAGUAAAAAAGAGAACAGUUAAAGAAGGCAUGAGCAAAAAUACAUAUAUUAAACUGCCAUCGGCACUUAUUGAAACGUAUACUGUGUUGAAGGGGAAGACUCUCAAAGAAGCGAUUGAACAAUCGAUGUAUAUGAGCCGUGUUUCCCAAACUGCUGACAAGCUUAAAAUUGACUCAGAAUUAUUGAAGGGUUUCUUUAGGGAUCCUCUCGAACAUCUGGUUGAACACAUCAGAGAAAUAUUAAAUCAACCAGUUGCUAAAGAUACAAAUAUCUUCUUGUUAGUUGGGGGAUUUUCCGAGUCCCCGAUCGUUCAGGAAACAAUCAAAGCGCGAUUUCCAAAGCAUAAGAUCAUCGUGCCUCAAGAUGCUGGUCUGGCGGUUCUGAAAGGUGCCGUCCUGUUCGGACAUCGCCCGAAACUUAUAUCUGUUCGGGUUAGUCGCAUGACGUACGGAAUAGGCAUUAGCAGACUGUUUACUAAAGGCGAUCCCGAAGAAUUGCGGUUUGCGUCAGGUAGUGCAGUGUUGUGUCGUGACGUAUUUCACAAAUUUGUAGAAAAGGGUCAACCAAUCAAUGAAGGCGAUGAACAUUCUAUGCCUUUCAGUGCCAAAGGUCAGAACAAUAGAGUUCGUGUUUACACUUCAAACAUGAAAGAUCCAAAACAUGUCAUUGACGAUAGCUGUAAACUUCUUGGAGAAAUGAUGAUCAACAUAAGUUCGGAAGUCACAUCCGGGAACAAUAUUCAGGUCAGAAUCGAGUUUGGUGGCACGGAAUUGGUUGUUGAAGCUAAGGAGAAAAAUACCGGGGAAGUCUUCAGAUCCCGAUUUGACUUCCUCAGUGAUAAAUAAAUUUGAUUUGUCUUGUGGUUUCUAGAACAUUGUUGAUGUACAAUAUUAAUGAUUGUGUAAAUAUGUGUCAUGAAGAAUGAUGGAAUUACUUUUUUGUUCAUAGAAAAUACAAUGAAAAUUCAAAUAGAAUCAAAUACAAAAGUUAAAAUGGCAGAAGAUGAGUGUUAAAGAAACAUUGAGGAUUUUAACCCCGAGUUUAUAAUGGAGGUCUAUCUGCUCAAAUUAGUACUGCGUUUGUAAAACUUACUUUCUUCGAUGAUUUUUAAUCAUUUGCGUGAAACAUAAUAAAAUAUAUAUCAAGUCUAACCAA